CGAACAAACCCAGAGAGAGAGAAAGAGAUCCGCUUGUCGUAAACACCCGUGAUGUUCUUUGCUGGAAAACGGUCUUUUUCAUCUUUCUCAUGUUUCAAAUCGCAAACUUUUCAUAAAAUGUGAUUCUAUAUUUCCUGAAUAAAAAUGUUUAUUUAAGUAAUAAGUAUAUAAAAGAGAAGAGGAAGAAAUAUAUUUCAAAUACGAAGUGCAUUGUGAAAGAUAAACGUUAAGAACAAUGUCAUCGCAAAAAACGAAAGAUUUUCUUAUGGCAUAUGAUAUACAUGAAGAAUUGAAUUGUUUAGGCGUAACUGAAAACGCAAUUCAUUCAGGAAAGGAAAAUUAUAAGCCACAGACAUUGAUUGAUCGUACGUUGGAAUUGAUAGAUCCUACUCCUAACAUUUACACAUUAUUUGUACAAUUCAAUGCACGCUUUUUCUGGAAUGUUUUGUGUCCUGUUGAAGUCAAAUGGAGUAAUAAGAUGACAAGUUGUGCUGGAGUUUGUAGCUUUUAUAAGAAGCAAUGUGUGAUAGCACUCAGUGCCCCAUUACUUAAACUUAGACCAAGGAAAGAUCUUGUAGAAACUUUACUGCAUGAAAUGAUCCAUGCAUACUUGUUUUUAACAAAUAACAAUCGUGAUAGAGAUGGCCAUGGACCUAAUUUUUGUAAACAUAUGUACAGGAUAAAUAAAGAAGCAGGAACUAAUAUAACGAUUUACCACAACUUUCAUAAUGAAGUGAGACUGUACCAGCAACAUUGGUGGAAAUGUAAUGGACCCUGCCAAUACAGACCGCCAUUUUUUGGAAUGAUACGAAGAGCUAUGAAUCGUGCGCCUGGACCAUCAGAUUACUGGUGGCUUGAACAUAAACUAAAUUGCAGUGGUCAGUUCAUAAAGAUAAAAGAGCCAGAAAAUUAUAAAUCAAAACAAAAGGAUAAGUCAAAUUCAAUCUCAAAGAAUAUUAAGACAGACAAAUCUAUUGCCAAUUGGUUCACAAAGGACACUCCAACAAAAACUAAACCUACAUCUACAUCUUCACAUUCGAAAACACUUACUUAUACCAGUAAUAAAACAGUCACUCAAACACUUGUUCAAACAAACCGAAAUAAAACUAUUGGUAACAAAAAUAAUAAUAUGACAAAUUUGUCUCACAUUCAAAUCAAGAAAAAUGAUCAAGAUUUGCCACUAGAUGUGAAAAAACUUGGCAGCACUAGCAAUAAUGUACAUGGCUGGGGUAUUAGCGGUCCAAGUGAAAAAGUAGAAAAAGAUAAUACAAGAAAUAUAAAGAAUUCCAUGUUUUCUUGUUCUGGCAUUUUAGGAGGUAAUAACAGUGGUCAGAGUAGCCUCUUAACAAAAUUUUUGCAUAUAAGUGACAGUAAAACUCAUCUGUCAAGUGAAUUGACUAAGAAGGAUUUAUCAUCAAAGUUAUCAGAAAAGAAGCUUAUUAAUAAACCAGUUUCAAAUUUAAAUCAAUCAAAGAAUAAAAUAAGAAAAAAGACUGAUAGUCAAUGUAACACAAAAUUUACAUCAUUGAUUGAUAAACUUAAUAAUAGUAGCAAUGAAAAGUUAACAUCGCCUAUUCGAACAUUUCUCACAUCAUUAGAAAAACAAACUACCAAUACAGAUUCUAAUAAACGUUCAAAGUUGGAUGAUUCAAGUGACACUAAAUACGUAAGCUGCCCUGUUUGUAACAAAAUGUUGCCAUCAGCAGAUGUUAAUCAGCAUCUUGAUAAAUGUCUUUUAGAAAACGAUACGUUUCAUAAAACUCGCGUUCCUUCCAAUUCUCAUGCAUCUAAUGAUAAUAUAAUCAAUAUAAGUAGUUCUUCCAAUUCCGAUUUGGAUAAUUCUGUCAUUGAAAGUCCAAAAGCACAAGUCAAUAUUAGUGAAAGUGAAAGCAAUACGAAAAAUUGCGAGCAGACAUGUUUAGUUUGCAACGUGCAAAUUGGAUCUGAAGUAUCCCUAAAUGAACACCUAGAUGAAUGCAUGGGAGCUGUUUUUAAUGAUACAAUCAUAAUAGAUGAUGAAAAUGAUGAUAACAUAUCUCCUGCAGGAAACAACUCCAUUGAAAAUAAAUAUCCCUGUCCAGUGUGUAUGCAAAUGAUAUCAGAAAAUCUUAUGAAUGAACAUUUAGAUAUGUGUCUUGAAGAUAAGUAUUUUAUGCAUUAAAGAGUAACAGUUAUAUUUUUAGAUAUAAGAUCUGUAACAUUUUGUUAAAAAAAAGUCAAUAAUAUUUGUAACGUUCUUUCGAGUAGUAUGGAGAAUAUAUAAAUGACAUAGUUUCAAACAAUCUUGAUUAUUAUUUUGAUACAUUUUAAUUUAUUUUAAGUAAAAUAAAAAUUCCAAAUAUAUAUAUUUUUUUAUACAAUGAACACUAUUACACUGUUAAAUGAAGCAUGAUUAUGUUUAGUUUAAAUAUCAAUAUUGUUUAUUUAAUAUGUAUGCGUAGUAUAUUAUGUUAUUACGAUGUAGUAAAAUUAUUUAAUAAAUAAGUCAUACACUA